AGAGGUCUUGUCGUUAUCUACGGAUUUUGCUGUAGUGUGAAUUGUGAUGGUUGGGGAAAGUGGUGUGAUGGCGAUGAUUAAUGCCGGAAAUGUUUAUAUGUAUAGUUUUUAACGCAUUCAGAAUUAUUCGUUGCUAAUAAUUUGUGUGUUAAAACAACUUUUUGAUAUGUUGAUUAGGGGUAUUGUGUAGUGAACACAAUGUUCCGUAUGUUGUAUAAACGGACGAAAAUGAAACACGUCAUGUGAAGUCAAGAAAUAAUUUCGGAUUUCCGUAUAUUAUCCCAAUUAAAACAAAACAAACUGCAUCAUGGAAUAUCUUACAUUCAGCACAAGGCCGUAUAUUUCUUGACGAAGAGUUAAUAAUAGAAGUAGAUGUGUCCCAACUUCGAAAUUGGGAAUCUCUCUUUAUCAUUAAAGGGACUUAUACUAGCAAUAAUGAUACUGCUCAGUUUUUGCCUUGGCCUGACCUCAAUUUUAGCUCAUUUGGGGGAUGUGGCCCAAGCAGUGACGAGUGAGGAAAGGGAGGAACUGAAGGAAGAAGCAAGAGAUAUGUUUUAUCAUGCUUACAGAGCUUAUAUGGAGAAUGCAUAUCCUGCUGAUGAGCUUAUGCCGCUGAGUUGUACUGGGCGAUGGCGAGGUACAGAACCUAGUCGAGGAGAUAUAGAUGACACUCUUGGGAACUUCUCACUGACUCUGAUAGAUACACUGGAUACUCUCGUUGUGUUGGGAGAUCUUGAAGAGUUCGAGCAUGCUGUGAAGCUUGUGCUGAGGGACGUUAGUUUUGACAAUGAUGUCGUUGUCUCUGUUUUUGAGACCAACAUCAGAGUUCUAGGAGGACUACUGUCAGGACAUAUUCUGACAGAGUACCUGCAGCAACGGGCAGGCAUCAUGAGGUGGUAUCAUGGAGAAUUGUUGCAGAUGGCACGGGAUCUGGGAUAUCGUCUCUUGCCCGCAUUCAACACCUCUACUGGCAUUCCACAUGCCAGGAUCAACUUGAGGUUUGGGUUAAAGAGUCCAAAAUUGGAGUCUUCUCGUGAAACAUGCACUGCAUGUGCAGGGACCAUGAUUUUAGAAAUGGCAGCGUUGUCACGACUUACUGGUGAAUCUGUGUUUGAGGAAAAAGCACAUCGGGCUAUGGAUGAGCUGUGGAAAAUCAGACAUCGAAGCUCAGACCUGAUGGGCACUGUUCUCAACAUCCAUUCAGGUGACUGGGUGCGGAGAGACUCUGGUGUGGGUGCAGGCAUCGACUCUUAUUAUGAGUACUGCCUGAAGGCCUACAUUCUGCUUGGUGAUGAACGCUACCUUGGCCGCUUUAAUAAGCAUUACUCGGCUGUGAUGAAGUACAUCAGCCAGGGACCCAUGCUGCUAGAUGUCCACAUGCACCGUCCACACACUAAUUCUCGCAACUUUAUGGAUGCUCUUCUUGCAUUCUGGCCUGGGCUGCAGGUGUUAAAGGGAGACAUCAAGCCUGCAGUUGAAACGCACGAAAUGCUGUACCAGGUGAUGCAGCGUCACAACUUCAUUCCUGAGGCUUUCACAACAGACUUCCAGGUUCACUGGGGACAGCACCCAUUGAGACCAGAGUUCCUGGAAUCAACUUAUUUUCUGUAUCGUGCAACAAGUGAUCCAUACUAUCUGGAAGUAGGGCGCAGUGUACUGAGAAGUCUGCAAAAGUAUGCACGUGUACCAUGUGGAUAUGCAGCUGUCAGAGAUGUGCGCACAGGCAUUCAUGAAGACAGAAUGGACUCAUUUGUGCUAGCAGAGACUUUUAAAUACCUCUUUCUACUCUUUGCUGAUCCUGCAGACCUUGUGCUAGAUCUGGAUGAAUUUCUGUUUACUACAGAGGCCCAUCUGCUUCCGCUGUCAUUGGCACGCAACUCAAACUAUACAGUUGUUACGAUCUCAGAACAGCAAGAGAUAAGAAGGGGCGAAGCAGACCUGGAAUAUGCACGUUCUUGUCCAAAUACACUACAUUUAUUUCCUGAAUCAGUCCGUAGGCCUCUACGCAAUUUAGUGGAUGGUGUUUGUCCACGCAGUCCUGCUCUUAGACACUUACAUGCUUCAGAGUUCCAGGCUGGUAACCCAGAUCACAUGAGAAUGGUGAAAGAUAUGGGCAUUUCUAUUCUUACACUUCCUGAUGGCAGGGUACAGCUUUUACAUACAUUUGCUAAUGCUCGAACACCGACUGAUGCGGAAGAGGGAUUGUUGUUCAUGCAGGAAAUGGUGGAAUUGGCUAAGAUGCAGUCGCAACAACCCGAUACACCUCAAGCUGUUGCUUUUAUGGUACAAAGUGCAGGUGGUGUUGAGGAUAAACAGGUGGUAAUCAGUGCUGGACCUGCACACUUUGGACGUGAGUUGCGUGGUACUGAUCAGGUAAAAGGUCGCAUAGGUGUUGCUGAUCCUUUACGAUUGUGUGGGGAUCUACUAAACCCAGAACACGUGAGAGGGCGUAUUGCUAUAAUGGAGCGUGGUGACUGUAUGUUCAUUGAAAAGGCAAGGCGAAUCCAGAAAGCAGGAGCCAUCGCAGGCAUUGUGGUUGACAAUACGCCAGGAACAUCAGCGGCCACGUCGCCCAUGUUUGCCAUGUCGGGUGAUGGCACCGAUGAUGUCAACAUUCCUGUGGUGUUCCUCUUCUACCAGGAUGCUUCUCAGCUGCUGCAAGCUGUGAGCAGCAGUCCUGCCCUUGAAGUGACUGUGGCUGGAAUGAAAGCCCUGGAACAGCAACGUGGAACAGAAAAAUCAUCUACUGAUAAGCUGAGAAGUGAUGAUUCAUCCUCUUUAUCGCAAGAAGAGUUGCAAGAUUCAACAUUGGAAAACUUGAAAAAUUUGGUCCAGGAGUUUCUGAGCAAGGAGGAUGCUAUUUCAAAGGGAAAUGUAGAUACUCUAGAGGUGUCACAAGGUGAUGUGGGUGAUUUCCACGCAGCAGUGGAACAUAAUGCUGGUGGUCAGGAGAUCAUUCGUAUUUCGCGUCGAGACUCCUCGAAAGCAGUACAGCCUGCCGUAUCCAUGAAUGGAGGAGAGAACGGUAAGAUACUAGAGAUAGAACGUUGGAUGCAAGUGCGCGACCGACUGCUUACUGUGCUGACUGAAGAAGAGAACAAGGGGAAAGUGGUAGUGCCUGCAUCCUUGCUUCGUCUCUAUCGCGAGUUGCUUGAUAAACAGUUCUCUGGCAGGAUUGGGGAACCCUCUGCACAUUUGCAGGCUGCAUGGCUGCUUGCUGAACUAGUGCAGGUUGGCGCGGCCAGCAAGGCUAGUCAAGAGAAUAAAAUAGUUAUUUUGGAGCAGAAGUUCAGUGUUACGCCUGCAGGACAGGCUGAAACAGAGCAGAACAUCCAGGAAGGAGGAGAGAGUAACAUUUUAGUAAAGGGCGCUGUCAAACAGGUCCCAGUGUCAAAGAAGAUAGUUAAAAGUGUGAAAUCGGAGAACAGUGAUGAUAUAGUGGUAGGAACAGCGGAAGAGGAAAGCUGUGAUAGUGAAAAUGAAAGUAGAGAGGAGCUCAGAACUUCUUUAGACAGUGAAAAUGAAGACAAACAUUUAGGCCGAGCAUCAGAUGAACUAUGAAAAUUGCAUAUACUGUAAGGAGAACGAGAUAGACGAAGAUGGUGAUAUUCUUCUGGGUUUUGGCGCCAUGUAGACUUGUCAGUAGAUGUCAAGAGUUUUGGAGAAACAUAUCGUCUGCAUCAUGAGGGCAGGGAUUAUUUUAUUAAACAGCAAAAACCAGUUGAUCUUUAUAAUGGUGAAGUGUUGUGUUUUCUUUGAGGUACAGACUGAAUUCUUAAAUAUUUUUCGAUUACCUUUUUCUUUGAAGGGUUAUUCGGCCUAUCUUGAAUGCCUUCAUGGUUUGUAGCUCAUGUGGAGACAGACUAAUCAUUACAGUGUUUGGGAAUGAAUGGUCAGAUUUCAAAUUCAUGCUGGACAGGAUAUUAAACAAAGUUCUUCAACAUCAAGUUGUGGUCAGCAUGUUUUUUGCUUCAAACAUUUAAAUUGCUGACAUGCCAAGAAUUUUUCUUGAAGAUGUCAUCUGUGUUCUGAUAGCUGCAAACAUAUCAAGGUCAUUUUUCUGUUAAGAAGACUGUGUGAUAUAAGUCUGUGUUUAUCCAUGUUGAAAAUGAUGUUCUGGGUUUUAGUGCCAUGUGGAUAUUUCUGAGAAACAUACUGUCUUCAUGUUCAGGGCUGGAGACAGUAUAAUUUUUUGAAAUGUUGGCAUCAGCCUACAAGUUUCCAUGGUGCCAAACUCCAGAAGAUCAUCAUCAUCAUCAUCUUCACAGCCAUGGAAAACCUCAAAUCUUAUGUGUUACUGAAAAUUUGUUAUCAAGUAUAAAGUGACCUUUGCUUGGUGCCUUUUAAUGUGUUCUAUUUUCAGUGCUAAUGUUACAGUGAUGAAGGCCAUUAAAAUCAGGCUAUUUUUACAAAAGAAGGUACAGAAACAAAGAACAAGUGUUUUAAAUAUAUCAUCUAACCUGCCUAUGUGCUCGAAAUUUAAAUCUUAUCACUGCAAUAAAUGUUAUAGUACUUACUGCAUGUUUAAAAGGUUAGCAUUGUAAACUAGAAUAACAUAAUUCAGAGUAUGGUUUUUCUGUUCAGAGAUGUAGCUUCUUAUGGUAUUUUUCCCCUCCUGUCUCUACGAUCCUGAGAUUUGUAUAUGCUAAUGCAUCACAUAUGCUAUUGUUCCUAAAGAAAAUAAAAUGCCUUACAUUACCAAAUUAGUGACACUGUCAUUAAAGUGAUGCUGUAUCCUUGAGUUCCAUUUCAGUACUGAAUGUCAGUUAUAGGCCUAGUAGCACUAGGAACAGUAGUAUUUUAGAGUUAUGUACGUACAUUUAUAAUUAAGCCAAGUGGAGAAGUGUUACUAGGUCAUUGGUGUGUUUUGAUGUAAAAACUGAGGUAAUUCUGGUCUUUAAGCCAUUCCAGUUAUUUCAUUGUCACCAUGGUACUAGAUGUGGGUUUUUCCAUAUUUUUUGAGAUGAGGUGUCUAUUUCAUUUUCAGUCAGGAUAUAGAGGUAAUUUUAUAUUCACAAACUAAGAUAAGUGUAUAAAACCAAAUACAUUUAACUGAUUUUAUGGGAAAAUAGGCAUCUGGAAAUUGUGCGGUAUCCUGAAACUCGCUUUUCCCUAGAGUAUUGUAUUGAUACUUAAAUGUUACAUUUCUACUGCCAAUUCUCAAUUCUAUAGUUUGAGCUAGGGCUGGGUUUUUAAGGAACAUUCUAUAAUAACGUUCCCAUACCUUGUGGAUACAUGAGUUUCAGGGUAUGCCAUGGUUGUCAGGUGACUGAAUUUGUAAGAAAAUUGAUGAUUGUACUGUAUAUAGUAUUAGUUCUGAUGUUAAAUAUGUAUAUGUGGUUAAUUUUAUUUGUUUUGAGAGUUCUGGUUUUUUAAAUAUUUGAAAUUAUUAUGCAGUUAAACAUUCAAUAAAUUAUGAGAUAUCAUCAUGGGGGAUCACUUGGAAAUAAGAGAUUGAUGUGUAAAUUCAUUUACUCUUGUGAUCUUGUGUUGUCUGAUUUAAAUGUUUGAAUGGCAAAUGCACUGAGAAGAAUAAUCAUUGCUUGGCAUCUAAGAAAUACAGUAUGUAUUAGAGAUGAUCUUCAGUAAUGGAGAAAUGAGUAAUAUUUGGAAGUUUUAUUAGGAAAGCAUUUUUUUAGAUUUAAAACUGGUCUUAAUGAAGAGACAGAAAUAAAAGUUAUGUUUUUGCCAGAAAA